CAGCAUCAGGACCCGAAGCCGCGCUCGGGCGCGCUCCCGGGGUCGGCACGCGCACAGCCGCGCCGCGCGCCGCCUCAGCAUCCUCAGCCGGGGCUGCAGCCCCCGCAGUCGCCCGAGCGGCCGCGCCCGCCGCAGGGAGGGAGGAGCUGCUGGGCAGGCUCCAAGUUGGUGGAGCGCCUGCUGGGACCCCGGGACCCUGGAGCGGCUGCUCGGGGAGGGGCCAAGAGGCGAGCAGGGGAGGGGCGCCGCCCCACCCAGAGCCCCGACCCCCUGGCCUCGGCGGCACCAUGCGUGCAGAACCAGCGUGAGCGGCUCCGCCCGCAGCGCAGCCCGGCGCUCUCGCCCGCCACUCGGAGCGGCGACCGGGAGCUAUGAGCCAUGAAGCCGCCCGGCAGCAGCCCCGGGCGGCCGCCCCUGGCGGGCUGCAGCCUUCCCGGAGCUUCCAGCGGCCCCCGCGGCGGCCCCGCCGGCCCGGCGCCAGCCCGCGCGCCGCCCCGCCGACUGCUCUUCGUCCUUCUCUUGCUGCCUCCACUCGCCGCCUCGUCCCGGCCCGGCGUCUGGGGGGCUCCUGCACCCAGCGCUCUGCAUUGGAAUGAAACUGCAGAAAAAAAUGUUGGAGUCCUGGCAGAUGAAGACAAUCCAUUGCAACAGAAUAGCAGCAGUAAUAUCACUUACAGCAAUGCAAUGCAGAAAGAAAUUACACUGCCUUCAAGACUCAUAUAUUACAUCAACCAAGACUCGGAAAGCCCUUACCAUGUUCUUGACACAAAGACAAGACACCAGCAAAAACAUAACAAGGCUGUCCAUUUGGCCCAGGCAAGCUUCCAAAUUGAAGCCUUUGGCUCCAAAUUCAUUCUUGACCUCACACUGAACAAUGGUUUGCUGUCCUCCGAUUAUGUGGAGAUUCAUUAUGAAGAUGGGAAACCGCAGUACUCCAAGGGUGGCGAACACUGCUACUAUCAUGGCAGCAUUCGGGGUGUCAAGGACUCCAGGGCAGCUCUGUCAACCUGCAAUGGACUUCAUGGUAUGUUUGAAGAUAAUACCUUUGUGUAUAUGAUAGAACCCCUGGAGCUGAUUCAAGAUGAGAAAAGUACAGGUCGACCACAUAUAAUUCAGAAAAUGUUGGCAGGACAAUACUCUAAGCAGAUGAAAAAUCUCAGCAUGGAAAACAGUGACCAAUGGCCCUUUCUGUCUGAGUUACAGUGGUUGAAAAGGAGGAAGAAGAGAGCAGUGAAUCCAUCUCGUGGUGUAUUUGAAGAAAUGAAAUAUCUGGAACUUAUGAUUGUAAAUGAUCACAAAAUGUACAAGAAGUAUCGCUCGUCUCAUGCACACACCAACAAUUUCGCAAAGUCUGUGGUCAACCUUGUGGAUUCUAUCUACAAGGAGCAGCUCAAUACCAGGGUGGUCCUGGUAGCGGUGGAGACCUGGACGGAGAAGGACCACAUCGACAUCACCACCAACCCCAUGCAGAUGCUCCACGAGUUCUCCAAGUACCGGCAGCGCAUCAAGCAGCACGCGGACGCUGUGCAUCUCAUCUCGCGUGUGACGUUCCACUAUAAGAGAAGCAGUCUGAGUUACUUCGGAGGUAUCUGUUCUCGCACGCGGGGAGUUGGUGUGAAUGAGUAUGGUGUUCCAAUGGCAGUGGCACAAGUGCUGUCGCAGAGCCUGGCUCAAAACCUUGGAAUCCAGUGGGAACCCUCUAGCAGAAAGUUAAAAUGUGACUGCACGGAGUCAUGGGGUGGCUGCAUCAUGGAGGAGACAGGAGUAUCCCAUUCCCGAAAAUUCUCAAAGUGCAGCAUUUUGGAAUAUAGAGACUUUUUGCAGAGAGGGGGUGGAGCCUGUCUUUUCAACAGGCCAACGAAGCUAUUUGAACCCACAGAAUGUGGAAAUGGAUAUGUAGAAGCCGGCGAGGAAUGUGACUGUGGUUUCCAUGUGGAAUGCUAUGGCUUGUGCUGUAAGAAAUGUUCCCUCUCCAACGGAGCCCACUGCAGCGACGGGCCUUGCUGUAACAGCACAUCUUGUCUUUUUCAGCCACGAGGGUAUGACUGUCGGGAUGCUGUGAAUGGGUGUGACAUUACCGAAUAUUGUACUGGAGACUCUGGCCAGUGCCCACCAAAUCUCCAUAAGCAAGAUGGAUAUGCAUGCAAUCAAAAUCAGGGCCGCUGCUACAAUGGAGAGUGCAAGACCCGGGACAACCAGUGUCAGUACAUCUGGGGAACAAAGGCUUCAGGGUCAGACAAGUUCUGCUAUGAAAAGCUAAAUACAGAAGGCACGGAGAAGGGAAACUGCGGGAAGGAUGGAGACCGAUGGAUCCAGUGCAGCAAACAUGAUGUAUUCUGUGGAUUUUUACUCUGCACCAAUCUUACUCGAGUGCCACGUAUUGGUCAACUUCAGGGUGAGAUCAUCCCAACUUCCUUCUACCAUCAAGGCCGAGUGAUUGAUUGCAGUGGUGCUCAUGUGGUUUUAGAUGAUGACACAGAUGUGGGCUAUGUGGAAGAUGGAACACCCUGUGGCCCUUCCAUGAUGUGUUUAGAUCGGAAGUGUCUACAAAUUCAGGCCCUGAAUAUGAGCAGCUGCCCACUUGAUUCCAAGGGUAAAGUCUGUUCUGGUCACGGGGUGUGUAGUAAUGAAGCUACCUGCAUCUGUGAUUUCACCUGGGCAGGGACAGACUGCAGUAUCCGGGACCCUGUUAGGAACCUUCACCCACCCAAAGAUGAAGGACCUAAGGUGAACUUGGUCACGAGCAGGCUCAUAGGGGCCGUGGCCGGCACCAUUCUGGCCCUGGGGGUGAUUUUUGGAGGCACGGGGUGGGGCAUAGAAAAUGUCAAGAAGAGGAGGUUUGAUCCUACCCAGCAAGGCCCGAUCUGAAUCAGCUGCCCUGGAUGAACGGCUUUUUGCCCACGGGGAUUCUGGGUAUGAUAUACUUUCAGCAUUGUUGCCGGAACUACAAAGUCUAUAAACAAGAACACUAAAUGGUAAUGACUACAGAACUAAAGUUGUGGGGACAGGGAUGGGGCAAAGAAAACUGUCCUUUUGAGAAAUUAUUUCAAAGAACCUCUUCCACCACCUGUCAACAAAUGGAGACAAAAGACAAUGUUAUUAAAAAGAACUAUUUCAGAAUCUUUUUUUCUAAAGGAAGAAGGAACUACAAAAAAUAAGUGCAAUAAAACAAAACCAUUAAAAAUAGCAAAUGAUUUUUUUUUUCUUUUCUCAGCCUCCUGGCACUUAAUAUCUUCUAAAUGAUUUGGCAUGAUUUUUUUCCCCUUUUUCUCUCAAUGACACAACUCAGUGGCAUGAAGAUCUAACUUUUGAAAGGGUAAAAUCUGCAUGGCAUAUAUACAAAAAGCAGCUAGCAAGCCAAUCCACAGCAAAACCUGCACCUGAAUUCCUAUGGUGAAAAUGACAGAGGAACACACAGCAGCUGCCUGGCCCCUAUGCCCUAGUCUAGCCCAGGCCAUGAGGAACCACCCUGCACUCCUUGAUCCACUUUCCCCUUGUGUUUUCUCUUGCUCUGAGCAUCCUUUGGAAAUGGGAGCUGGAAUUGGAGUAGUGAUGCUAUUGUAUAGUUCUUUUAUAAAUGUAAAUAUGGAGAUAAGAGAUUUUGACACCUCAUUUUCAUUGUCUAUUGAAAUAUUUUUCUUGUAAAUUUUUUUUCUGUGAAUUUGAGUUUCCUGUUUGCUCCCCAUCAUUUUGGAUUCUUUUCUCUUUUUCUUUCUCCAUCUUUGUCCUUCUCUCUUGGAACAUAUUAUACAAUGAUUAUUGGCCUUGCUUUAAGUAAGAUGGAUGUAGCCACAUAUGCAGGGAGUUUGGGCACAAAACAGGUGCAAUUUGAAAAUGAAAUGCUUGAAUGAAAUGCAGUGCUUGAAACCAAAAACAAAGAAAAUGGGGGGAGAUCACAAAACAACCCAUAUGAAAUACACAAAAAUAUGUAAAUGCAAAUAUAUGUACUAAACAGUCUCUAACAUUUUUGAUGUCAUUAUAAACAUGUAUAUAAUGUAAGAAAGUAGACACCCUCUCAAAUUAAUCACAAAAGUGCCAAGCUCAUGAUUUUACUUUUUGCUUUGAAGAAUUUUCUUUCCCUAUCUUCAAUGUGAAAGGGGGAUAAACUUAAAGCCUUAAUUAAAAAAUAAUUUUAAAUGUUGAAAGCCUGAGGGAAAAGUUAAGCUUUCAUUUUACUCAUAGCUACUGUUGCCAAUAUUUUAUUCAUGCUUCAUCUUUCUGCCUCAAAAUAAAUACGAUACGGUAGAACCUCACUGUAAAACUGGUCCUGUGACCGAAGCAACAGUUUCCUUCUUGUGCUCACAAGCAUUGUUCAGAUGACUUUAAUUCUGUGUGUGUUUUUCACGUUUUUUGGUUCAGCUUGCAGUGUGUUUCAGAUCUGUGAAAUAGUUUCACUGAAGUACAAUGGGAUUCUGCUACACGCAAAAUCACCCCCUUUUUCUUCCAGGCAGAUUUGCACAUGUAAUCUGAGUUCCCAAAUUGUUCUAACUUUAUUUCACUUCCACGAAUUCAUUUCCAUUUAUGGUGCAGAGAGCUUCUGUUCAAUUAUUAAGUAAACACGUAAAUGAAGAAAUUUGGUCCUGCCUUUGUUUUGAGUGUAAGGUCUCAUAGGUAGUCCCUUAAUUGAGUAUCUAUUUAGGGGGAGCAUUUUUGAAGACCACACCCCUCCACCCACCCCUGCCCAAGAACUCAUACUCACAGCUUCUCUUGCACUCGCUCUUUUAGGAACAGGACAUGCAAUUAUGGCAUCUACUUCUUUGUGAUAAAUGAAUCAGUUGCUAGAUCUAGUUUUUCAUGCAUUUCAACAAGAUUCAUGACACUAAUCUCACUUUUGCUUUGACUUUGGGAAGAAUUAUGCCCUAAAAAUGUUCCCCAAGAGAUCUUUCCUUGUGGAAGUAUUACAGUCAUAGAGAAGAAACCUUAAUUUUUACGUACCGCAAUAGAUCAUAUUCUUAACAUUUUUAUCUAACUAGUGCUUUCACAGUAUUCGGUGCUACCCAGGUGGGCAGUCUUUCUCUAGAACUGGCUGUAUGUUUAUAUUGUAACAGGACCAUGUCCUGUGUGUUAGCCUUACAAGGCAUCAAAAGACACAGGAUGUGUCCCUUUAGUGGCAGUGGCUCUUUCAGUUUGGAGAAAACUUGGAGGAGACUCAGAUUAUUUUACAUCUCUUCUUGUCGCCACAUUGUUUCUAUCGCUGUUUGUUCCUACACACUCACUAGUAGAAACUAAGGAGCUGUGCGUGCACCAUACACAUUUCACUGCGGUUCCAGAGGUAUGAAGUUGACCUAUUGAUUUUAAAAUGUGGUUACAAAACAAGCUGAAUAGCUACUGUGAACUUUUGGGCAUUUCACAAAUACUAUAAGUACACCAUGUUAUGUUUUAAUCAGAACAAAGUGGUCCCUAAAUAUUAUGUACAUAAGAUAGGAGUCAAUGUAACUUUUUGUUACACUGAUAGUUUCAUAGGUCACAAUGUUAAAUAACUUGCAUAUAUGUAAAAUGCACAAGCUUUAAGCUCUGUGUGUAGGAGAAUAAAAGAAAUUCAACCAUACAAGUUGCUAGCAAUACUUACUUUUGAUGGUAUUAGGUUAUGUAGUCUCAAACACAUUGCUGCGUUUUCACUUGCCCAUGCCAUUCGUUUGCUGAUUUUUGUAGUAAUGCUCAUUGUAUUCAGUUGAGCUCAGAGCACAAACAUAUGACCAUUUAAUGUCACCCAACAAGAGUAACUGGUAAGUGAUGACAGGUUCCCAUUUCACCCAAUACUUUUGCUACAUUAUUUACAACACCUGGUUGAGGAGAUGUACGCUGACUUCAUUGCUCACCCCAAGAUACUGCAUGAGCCCACUGAACUAGAGCUAUUUCUAUUAGAUAAAUGAGCAGUACACAUAGGUGCAUGUUAUGAAACAUGAAUCACAUACAGCUAUGGAGUUUUACCAAGUGGUUUGUGUGGUUUUUGUUUUUAUUUUUUACUAUGCAAAGAUGGGAAUUGCACAAACUUUUCAAAGACUAGUGUCUAAAAAAACUUUCAAAUAAUACUUGAACCCUUUCUUUCAAUUCAUCCUAUCAUAUUCUAUAGUCACUGUUGAUUUCAUUGUCAAUUUUCAUUUUUAAAUGGUUUGUAAUUUUUUAAAUGCACAAUUGGACGUUUUGUUUGAAGUUAAUAAAUUCAUUCAUAUCUUGUUGGCUGCCUGUGAAUGGAGAUUGAAUUGUCAUUAUAAGCAUCUUUUAGUUGUAUGUAUUAAAAUUUUUGUUAACAUAGAUUGUUGUAGCUUUAUACUCUGUUCAUUUUCUUAAACUUUUUUUUCUGUGUUCUCUUGUGUUGUUGAUUAAAUGACAGGGUGCCUGAUAUCAUCAAGAGUUUUAUCACCAAACUCUCAAUCAAAGGUUCACUGAAAAUUCAAGCAGUCAAUGGAGCAAAAUAAAAUCUCUGAUUAAUAAUAAAUAUAUUCCUGAUUAGGAUUCAUUUUUGUUUAA